AACAGCUACCGGCCCACAGGAGCGGGCGUCCCCGCGACGCCACGACUCCCGCCAAACCAUAGCCACGAGUUCCCUGCUCCCCCGGCCCCCGCUACCCCGCCAAUCCUGUCCCGGGUUUCUGCCGCCGGCCGCCAUCACGCGAUGGAUCCCCUCUCCCUCCUGCAGCUCCCUCGCGCCUCGCGCCCACCGAUGCCCCUGGCCGCGGCCGCCGCGCCAUUGGUCUCCGCGAGGCUAAGCGUAAGCGGCGGCGCGCGCUCCGUUCGGAGGCGGCGACGGCGCCGCGCCGCUGGGCUGUCGGUGUUCGCCGUGGCGACCGAGACGCCGCGGACCGAGGAGCAGCAGCCGUCGCCGUCCGGGGAGGAGCGGUUCGACUGGCUGGACCAGUGGUACCCGCUGGCGCCCGUGUGCGACCUCGACCCGCGCGCGCCGCACGGCAAGACGGUGCUGGGGCUCAGCGUCGUGGCCUGGUACGACCGCGGCGCCGGCGAGUGGCGCGUCUUCGACGACGCCUGCCCGCACCGCCUCGCGCCGCUCUCCGAGGGCCGGAUCGACGACAGGGGGCGCCUCCAGUGCGUGUACCACGGCUGGUGCUUCGACGGCGCCGGCGCCUGCAAGUUCAUCCCCCAGGCACCCGCCCUCGGCCCGCCGGUGCACACGAGCAGCAGGGCGUGCGUGGCGUCGUACCCCUGCGUGGUGCAGAACAACAUCCUGUGGUUCUACCCGAGGGCUGACCCCGAGCAUAGCGACGUGCUGCAGAGGAAGCGCCCGCCGCUCAUCCCUGAGAUUGACGACCCGGACUUCGUCACCGUCUAUGGCAUCAGAGACCUCCCUUACGGGUAUGAUAUUUUGGUUGAGAACCUCAUGGACCCUGCUCAUGUCCCGUAUGCACACAAGGGGAUCAUGCGUGGCAUUCGCAAGAAGGAAGAUCCUGGAAGAGUCGACUACGAUAAAGAGGGCGGCGGUCCAGUCAAGAUGAAGAUCGAGCAGGCAAACAUAGAAGGGUUUGUGUCACCGCAAGAGCGGGGCUACUUCCAGUUCGUCGCGCCCUGCACGUUCUUCGGCACGCCGUUUGUGCAGGAGAAGAAGAAGGCGCCUCGGGUCAUGCUGGUGUUCUUCUGCAUCCCGGUCGGUCCUGGCAGGAGCAGGGUGAUCUGGGCGUUCCCGAGGAACGUCGGGGUCUGGCUCCACCAUAUCACGCCACGGUGGCUGUACCACGUCGGCCAGAACCUUAUAUUGGAUUCAGACAUUUUCCUCCUCCACGUUGAGGAGCGUAAAUUUGCUGCGGCAGGGCUGGAUAACUGGCAGAGAGCUUGUUACGUGCCGACGUCGUCGGACGCCAUGGUGGUCGCCUUCAGGAACUGGUUCAGAAAAUUCUGCAAGAACCAGGUCGGCUGGGCAACCUUACAAGUCGACCAGCUGCCACCAACGCGUACCAAGGACCAGCUCAUGGAGAGGUACUGGUCGCACGUGGUGCAGUGCAGGAGCUGCAACGCGGCGCUCAAGGCCAUGAAGGCGCUCGAGGCUGCCCUGCAGGUGGCCUCGGUCGCCGUCGUCGGGUUCCUUGCCGUCGCUAAGGGAACGGUCCUCACGUCAACUGUUCAGAGGGCCGCAGUCGUGUCGGCGACCGUGCUGUGCUUCGCUGCCUCCCGUUGGCUUGCCAACUUCAUCCAGAAGAACUUCUACUUUCAAGACUACAUCCACGCCUACAAGUGACACGCUCAUGAAUACGUUUUUAAAGGUUUUUGUUGCUAGGAGAUUGUUGUUUUUACUGUGAAUGCAUAUUAUUAGGAGAAUUGGGUGGGUAGAAAGCAGUAUCUAUACUGCAUUAACUUGUAUAUAAUAAUGCAUAUAAUCGAUAAUAAAACGGAAGACACGCGGCUUCAGUUGUGUUUA